UGAAAGCAACGUCCUGUCACGAGUUUCUCCAAGUGMAAGUGCUUACUUAUUCUGUGUUUUUGCUGCCAUUGGAAAUGUUCUCCUUGUCAAGCGAAGAGGACGAUGGAACUUUUGGUGGUYCUGUCGGAGGAGGUUCUUCUAAGCUUGCCAGUCUAUUUGGACACGACAAGGCAUCCUUUACAGGCGGGAACGAAUCUUURAAAUACACAGCUCCUAAGCAACCAAGGAAAGAUAAACCGGCAGGGCAACAAGGAGAAGCACCAGUAGUUGUGGCCUCUGCAGCAAUUCAUGGGUAUCGAUUUAUUGAUAAUCAAUAUGUAAAUCAAGGAAAACUUGGUGCUGCAGUUUUAGCCAAUCAUAGUACAGCAGAUUACAAAAUUUUGAUUUAUGCUGGAAAACAACAACACAUUGCAGUAGCAAGGAUCCAUAGCCAGUUUGUCUUCACAGUGCAAGCCAAUAACUAUGCUAGCUUCUGUGAUGAUCAAAGGCAAAGGUGGUCUGUUUGUUUUGAUUCAGGAAAGAAUGCUGAGCAGUUUWCAAAACAGGUUGGUCUAGCUAUCUUCAAUACCCAACCAAGUGCUCUUUUUACUCAGGAUCUUACUCUUGGUGAUGGCCAGCCUAUUGAGAAAGGGGAYUCAGUCGAGUGCAAGUACACUGGUUGGCUGUGGACUAACAAUACAUUUGGAAGGGUAUUUGACAGUAAUGCAGAAAAAGARAAAACCUUUAAGUUUAAAACAGGAAAAGGGAAAGUGAUUAAGGGCUGGGAUCAAGGUGUUAUUGGGAUGAAAAAAGGAGGAAAAAGAUUCAUAGGCAUACCACCGACUUUGGCUUAUGGUGAAAAGGGUGUGGGAAGUGCACAAGUGCCACCAAAUGCAAUACUUCUUUUUGAAAUUGAAGUACUUAGRAUAAAAUCAAAAGAUGGUGGAGACAGUGGGGGCUCUAAGAGCAGUUCUAGAACAGUGUCUCCAGUCACUAUUCUUGAGGCAAAGGAUACAACCCAGAUGGUAUCUCUACCCAACAUAACUAGUGAGCCAUCUGGAUUGCAGAAGAAUAGAUCAGAAUCAUCUGCAAGCAUCAAAGGCAGAACAGCAUCUCUCAGUGAACAGCUGUCUCAGUCGCCAGGUAAAGGUUCAGACAAAGCCAGACUUUUGGCCCGCAUGUCAAAAAUGGGCAAGAAUGUAUUGACAAUUCCUGGUGCUGUUGCAGCUGAAAAUCAGGAUGAAGAAGAGGUUAAGGAAACAAGUGUAACGGAGGAAGCAGUAUCUGAAGAUGGAGAACCUGCAGUACAGGAGACUCCUGCAUCUCCAACACAAAAAGAAUCCAGCCCAAGGCCAAACCCUCGUCCAAAACCACAUAUACCACAAAGGCCAACACCAGUACAAACACAUCCUGAAGUACAUCAGAGCCAGACUGCUCAUCCCAUUACCAGCCAACAGGGAUACACCAACCAAGCUCAACAACUAGCAUUAUAUCAGAACCCUCAAGGGAUGCCCAUGAAUUAUUCCAUGGUACCACCACCCCAGUAUUACCAACAGACACCAUUUCCUGCACAGGCCUUUCCGCAGCCUCAACCACAACCUCCGCCUCCUUCAGUACCACAGCCAAGUGCAAAUGAUGCUAUGGUCCCUGUUCUUAUGGCAGAGACACGCCAACAGCAAAGUGAAGUCCGUAUGGCCAUUGGAAAAGUUGCUGAAAAAGUUGACGAACUUCUCCACAAGUUUGAACGCUCACAGCUUGGGUCUGGUCCUCUUGUAUCUGCCAGUUCUGUACAUAUGCCAUCUGCCAAUACUGAAAGAAUGAUGGAAUCUUCUGUUUUACUGCACAACAUAACCCGCAUUGUACAGGAGAACGAGAAGUUAAAAAGAGACAACACUGAGAAGACAGUCAAGAUCGAAGCAUUAAAUGAAAAGAUUUCAGAAUUGCUUCAGAAAAACCAAAAGUUUCUUGAAAAAAGUAACGUGAUGAUGGAGCAAAGCAGUGACUCACUGCAGCAUACUUCAGCUCAAAACCAAGCAAGAGUCCUUGCACUUGAACAAGAGAAGAUUUUGCAAACAGCUGAAUUAACUGAGCUGAAGACUCGUAUUGCUGAAACUGAUGGUCAACUAUCUACCUUAAGAAAACAAGAAUCUGAGUUGAAAUCCCAAGCGAAUAAAGCCUUGGCCAACGCUGAUAAAUACAAAGAAGAGCUGGACCACAUUAAAGAACUACAUGAAGAGAAAGUAUCUUUAGCUAAGAGGUUGAAACAGGAUCUGAAAGAAGAGAAACAGUCACGAAAAAUACUCGAAAGCCGAGCCGAUCAUAUGGAAGAAGAGCUGUCCGAUCUGAGACACGAAAAAGAAAGUUUAGAAAAGAGUAUAUCUGAACGUAAGAAAAAGCAGGGACAGGACAGAAGAAAAUUUGAAGAAGAGCUGGAAGAAUUGAAGAAUCAGCAAGAAGAAGAAAUAAAAGCMUUAAAAGACAGACAUCGUAGAGAGAGAAAGUCUGGUGAUGCAUCUGCAGAACAGAUUGUUGAACUAGAGAGGGAAAUUGAAGCCAGAUGGACCAAAAAAUCCGCCAAAAUGGUUGCACAAAGUGAAGAGAAAUGGAAGAGAAAGUACGAUGAUCUAAUGGGGGAGAARGAAGAACUAUGGAAAAAAAAUGAGUCUUUAGAAGAAAAGUAUUCAGGAAUGAAAUCUUUAGAGAAUGAGAAAGAGGAGCAAUUUAAGCACCUACAAACUAGAAUCGAUGUUUUAAUGUCCGAACAGGAAAAGACAACCUCUUCAAAAGAUGAGAAGGACGAAGAAAUGAGGCAACUUAGGGCAACAAUUGAAGAACUUAAAAUAUUUGAAUCAAAGUAUCAAGAUGCUAGAGCAAGAGUUGCCAAAAUGAAGGAGGAAUAUGACAAGCAAAUCUCUACUAUCGAGGAGGAGCAUGAGUCGUCUGUGUCGCUAUCGUACAAAAAGGGGUUUGAAGAAGGAAAACUACAGUGGGCGUCAAUGAAAAGCAGCAUGGAAAGCGAAGUUUUGGCAAAACAGGUGAAAAAGAUCAUGAAUGACGUGUUUUAUAUGCUUAAAAGCGAGUUUGACGCGACAAGGACCUAUACCAGCACCGACAUAAUGUCUGUCGUACUGAGAGUUGUCAAGGAAGUAACACUAAAACAGGUAAAUGUAAAACCUGAUGGUGUUGAAGAGGAUGAUGAUACUGAAGAUGAAGGUGAAGAAGAGGAAGGGGAAGGGGAAGGGGAAGGAGAAGACGAGGAAGAUGAAGAAGGACAUAAAGAAAGUGAAAACAGAGAAAAUGUGGAGCAAGAAGAGCAAGAGGGUGAAGAUGUCCAUGAUAUUCGACAAAAUGAAGACGAAGACAUUAGUAAAUCAGAGAAAGAAACCUAUCUUGUGUCUGAUAAUACUGGACUAUUCGAAGCAAAGGAACAAACAUGUACAGAAACACAAAGUCAUGAGCGAGAGAAAUCAUCUGAAAGAAACGAUAAUCAAAGCGAAACCAGUCAAGAUACAGGCGAGAAUCGGGAUGUAAGUCWAAGGUGUGAAGACCCCGUCAGCACUGAGGAGCCAUCAUCAUCUGAUGUAAAAAUAAAUGAGGAUAUCGAAUCGAUAGAUAGCAUUGAACCCACAGGAAUAAAUCACACUGAAGAAUAUAAAGACAUCGAAACUCAGCAAGACACAUCGAAAACAAAUUAUUCAGAUGAAAGUGAAAACGAAAAUGAGGGGCCCCCACCUCUAGACGAAGAAAACACUGUGAAUGAACCAUUAACUGGCAAGGACGUUCGUGAAGCUACAUCACAAGAAAAUGAUCAGGGUAUAUCAGCUCACAAAUCUUUGUUUGGUGACGAUGMCCAUGAUGACGUGGCAGCUACUUUUGGUCCAUUAACUGAAACGAAACCCGAUUUAACGGAUGAGUGUGCUUCCAAACCCGUGCCGCCGCCACUAUUUGACGACGAUGAAGAUGACAACACAGACUGGUUUAAAUAAAUGUACUCCAUUUCCUUUAAACGUUAUCAAGGUUUAUAUUUUUUGUGAUGCGUGAUCGUGAAAAAUUUAAGUUCAUGAAAUGGUGAAUAGCAUGUUUGUCGAGAUAUGUGAGGAUCCAUUUUAUUUUCGCGAAAGAUGCUCCACUACCCUGGAGCCCUACCAAAUUUUAAAAUCCUCCAUUUUGCCAUUUUGUUUCCGACGCCGAAACGCCGAAAUGCCAAACCAAGGCAAAAAAAAACCACGGC